AGUUUCGCUGGACAUGUUCUCCGUUCAGGCCAACACGGGGCCCAAGUGGACGAACAAGACGAGCAAGGCGUUCUGGAGGGGCCGGGACAGCCGUCGGGAGAGGCUCAAGCUGGUGCAGAUGUCCAAGAGCUACCCGGCUGAGCUGGACGCCAAGCUCACCAACAUGUUCUUCUUUCCCAAGUACAAAUACCAAAUCAACAUCGAUGGGACGGUAGCAGCGUACCGGCUGCCUUACCUGCUGGCAGGUGACUCCCUGGUUAUGAAGCAGGACUCGUCCUACUACGAGCACUUCUACCGGGACCUGGAGCCUGGCAUGCACUACGUGCCCUUCAAGCAUGACAUCAGUGACCUCAUGGACCAGAUUAAGUGGGUCCGGGAGAAUGAUCAGGAGGUCCAACAGAUAUCUCAGAACGGCCAACAGUUUGCCAGAGAGAAGUUGGAUCCCGCCCAAGUGCUGUGUUACCACGUGAGAGUAUUUCAGGAAUAUGCCAAGCGUUCGAAGGCCAAACCCAAAGGCAUCGAAGGAUUUGAUCUGGUAGAACAGCCUACUGAGAGAUUUCCUUGCCCAUGUCCAAAGAAAGAGAAGUCUCAGGAAAAAGAGAGCGGCAACCGGGAUGAGUUGUGAGUGCUCAAGUCUUUAGAUCAAACCUUGUGGUUGUGUCUAGGUAAUGCUGAUAGAACUGGCUGUCUACUCAUCGACAACAACGCAAGGCACACAAAAAAGAGGAUAUGGGUGCACAGAUGUCGUGACCUAAUCAACAGCAGCACCACCCUCAGCAACCACAAACAGACCACCAGACUGCCACAGAAGCAGGAGAUGGGUGUACUUACCAUGGCUGUUGCAAGGAAAAUGCAUCUCAAGGGUUGUUUUUUUUUUACUCGUCAUGUAAAUAAGCAACUUAUUCGUACAACAUUGAUGGUAGUCAUGACUGUGUCAACAUCAACAGUCAAAUAGAGAUACCAAUGACUUACCAGAAUUUCAGUUUAUUUAUUUAUGACAUUUAGAGAACAGGGAACUCAAUAGUUUUGAUCUCAGGAUAAGUCAACAAGUGAUAGCAUCAUUGGCAUCAUGAUCGUUCCAGCAGAAGAGAAAACAUAUGUAUUCACUUGGAGUAUUGGUGCAUCUUUUUUCUUGUUUCAGAAGUUCAUACAGUUAUCCCUUCUGGCUGUCUGAUUAAAUCAUGAAUGAUUGCAUUAUCACCUACCUGCGAUAGGGGUUUUGUGUGCACAGGUUUAUCAAGAAUUAAUGAGCCUGUUAUAAUGGUGUAAAGGAUGUGAAGGUGCAGGAAACACUCUGAGGAAAAGUUCAUGUUUGUGUUUCCAUUUAUGUGAAGUAGACAUGGAGUACAUUGAAAGGCUCACACUCUCAAUUUUGUUGUCUUAGAUGUUUGUUAAAGUUCUUGAGGUGAAUACUACCCAAAAUUCCAAGGGUUGUCUUUCAGCCAGUAUCUCCUAUAUGAUAUACUGAAAACUUCUAAAUUUGCCAUAGAUUUUAUGUUAGAAUCCAUACAAACUGAACAAAAUUUUUUUGUUGCCACUGUUAAAGCACAGCUACCGAAGGGGGAGGGGGGGGGAGGGAGGUGGUUAACUUUUUGCUGGAUCAUUUGAAAUAGAUAGUAGAUAGGAAUGUUUCAGAAUUGGUCUCUUUUGUUGCAUUAAAAAAACUAAACUAGUAUUAGGACAUUAGCAUUAACUUUAACGAAAGUAGUCUUUUUCAUGAGCUGUGCUCAUUCAUGUGCCUGUCUUCUUUGGCCCUUAUAAAUUAUUACUAUUCAUUACACUAGGGAGGAAAUUUGGUGUGCAACUUUUGCAAUUUUUUAAACCAUUUUCUACAGAUUUCAGUUUUCAGUGAAACUGAAGUUGUUUUUUUUCCAUGCUGUAUAUAGCAUUUUCUCUGUAACCUGCAAUGCAACAAUUAUUAUUUUGGACAAUUUGUAUGAUUGUUCAAGCACCGGUAAUUUCUCAAGAUUUCCUGUUGAUCGUUUUGUCUGUUUGUCGCUUCCAAUGUCAGGAGACAUGUUUUAUUGUAUGAUGGAUAAGAAGAACAGUUAUACUGUGAUAAUUUUUCUUUCAUAUACUCCCAGUAUUAGAGAAUUUUCUGACAUGUCCAAGUCUUUGGGCCAUAGCACCUUGCUGUUGAGCAGCUGUUUAUUUCUGCUCUCAGUCCAAAUGCUAAUGAAAUUAUUCCAUUUAUCAUUGAUUGUUUCAAUAGGCCAAAUAUGUCAAUGCUUGUUUUGAAAGUUUGACACCUAUGAUUCAUAAUGUGGAUGACCAUGGUUGGACUUGGAUUGUCAGAGAGUUUUCAAGGCUAUGUACUUACUAUAUUUAAAUCUGUCAGAAAUAAGUAUGGAAAUUGGGGAUCAAGUCUUUAAAAAUUUGUGUUAAAAAAUAACUUUAAAACAUUAGAGGGAUGUUAAGCCCAUAUGAAGCUAUAUUUGUAAUUCCAUGUUGUGGGAUGAGCUGAACCUAAUGUUAUGUACCUGGUUCAAAGUUGUCAACACCUUUUUGGCUGAACUUGAAGAUGAUAAUAAUCCUUUGGACUUUUAUGUUUCACGUUCAUACUCAACCUUUUUAUGAUAUGUGUCACAAUAAGUUGGAAUCAGGCGCUCGCUAAUUUUUUAACUUUUCGAGUUAUUAGUAUUAUAUUAAAGCUUGUUCACUUGUCUUUCUUUUGAUGGAAAAAAAUAUCCUUCUAUGUUGAAUAGAAGUUGAGAUAUUUGCUAUUGAAGGCGGUUGAGGUCCCCUGGUGUCAGAGUCAAAUUAAUGAGAAAAAAGGCGGCCGGAUUUGGGUAAUUUCGAAAGCUUGGGUAUAAGCUGCAAAUUUAUAAUUUUUUGUGCCCGUCAUCAACAUUUUUCAGUAUAAUACACACAGAAAUGUGUGUUUUGAAUAGACGUAAAAGAUUUUGAGCCAAAAAUAUAACAUUAAAAUUGGCCAAUGGGAGGAAAAAUGUCAUUUGCUUCAUUUUCAGUAUUUGACAAGUGCCUGAUUUCGCCAUGAUGCGACAUAUAAGCCUACUGUUUACAAGCAUAUCUCUCGUCUAUAUCUGUUCAGAAUGAGACUUGUGCCUGUAGAAAUGUUUUCAACGUUCUAUGUAUUUAUUUUUUCAUUUGGUGACAAGAAGUAUUAAAAUUCAUUAUCAAAAGAAUGAGAAUUUUUUUGGGAUGUCCUUACCAAGUGGUACAGAUUUAGACGUAGACUAAAAAGUUGCAAUUUGAAUAUCUGACUUUGAUGGGUAAGGUGAUUUGUUCAUUAAAAAAAGAUGUUUUUACUAUAUAUUCUAGUGCUCAUCAUUGUAAAUGAGUUCUGCUCAAGUAUUGGCAGACACAGAAUGUGUAAAUAGUAUUGAUAAGUGUACAAUGCUGUAUGUUACCCUAGGGGACUCAGAUUGCUAACUUUUCAUUGUCCUGAACUUACUUUCUUCUUCUUCUUCUUCUUCCUUGUUCUCAUUGACCCUGAACUUACUUGUCACCUGAUGUAUUGUGAUAGUGUGUUACCAUCCAAAGGGAUAUGCAACUGUGAAUAAAUAAGCCUUAAUUUCACUUUCUUUUUAAUAUGAAUUUGGUCUUUAUGUCUGGUACAGUAAUCAGUUUUAGUGUAAUAGAUGCAG